GACGUCAUUGAGUCACAUGUCCAAUAUGGCGGAGUUUUUGAGUCGUUGAGAAAGGAGUUCUGCUAUCUCAUCAAAGAAAGCAUAAAUUUUCGUACAAUAUUCCACAAGAUGAAAGUUAAAGUGCUAUCUCGCAACCCCUCGGACUACAUUCGUGAAUGCAAGUCGGAUAUCCAUAAAAUUCCUCGAAAUAUUGACCCAAGUUUACAUCCAUUCGAAGCUGCACGUGAAUACACGAGGGCUUUAAAUGCUGCAAAACUCGAGCGAGUUUUUGCCAAGCCGUUUGUUGGAUCGCUUGACGGACAUAAAGAUGGAGUAAACUGUAUGGCAAAGUUUCAAAAGAGCCUUUCGCUCUUGCUAAGUGGCUCUUGUAACGGAGAAGUAAAAUUGUGGAAUUUACCUCAAAGAAAAUGUUUGAGAUCAUAUAAUGCCCAUAGAGGUUUCGUCCGUGGUCUUGCUGUUGUUCCUUCAGGAGAUACCUUCAUCUCUAUUGGUGAUGACAAACAAAUAAAACACUGGAGUUGUAAAAAAGAUACGUCUUAUCAUCUAAUUCACUCCAUUCUAGGAAAAACAAUGUUUCAAGGCAUUGACCAUCACUGGGCUGAAAAUACAUAUGCAACUUGUGGCGAGCAAGUGGAUAUUUGGCAAGGUGAAAGAUCUGAACCUGUCAGAUCAUUCAAGUGGGGUUUUGAUACAGUUCACAGUGUUAAAUUUAAUCCAAUUGAGAUAAACCUUCUUGCAAGUACGGCAUCUGAUCGAAGCGUCGUUUUGUACGAUACACGUCAAACAACACCAUUACGAAAACUUCUGAUGAAAAUGCGUAGCAACACAGUCGCAUGGAAUCCUAUGGAAGCAUUCCAUUUCACAGUUGCCAACGAGGAUUCGAAUCUUUACACUUACGAUAUGCGCCGUCUGGACUUUGCGGUUAACGUACAUAAAGAUCACGUUGCUGCUGUCCUUGAUGUAGAUUAUUCUCCAACUGGAGAAGAAUUUGUAACUGGAAGUUUUGAUAGAACCAUACGGAUAUUUCCUCGUAGUCGUGGUCAUAGCAGAGAAGUGUAUCAUACAAAACGAAUGCAACGUGUAUUUUGUGUAAAAUGGAGUCCUGAUUCAGAGUUUAUACUUUCUGGCAGUGACGAGAUGAAUGUCAGAAUUUGGAAAGCAGAUGCGUCAGCCAAACUUGGACCGCUUGCUCCGAGAGAAAAAGCAUCACUCACUUACAACAAGAAACUCAAAGAACGUUACAAGUUUCAUCCUCAAGUUCUAAGAAUAUUAAGACAUCGUCACGUGCCUUCAGCUAUUUACAAAUCUGCGCGAGAGAAGAGGAUAAUGCUCCACUCACGUAAAACUAGAGAGGAGAACAGACGACUACAUAGCGCAAAAGAAAAAGUACCCUUUGUUCCUGAGAGAAAAAAGCAAAUUGUGUCGGUAUUGGAGUAAGUGGCUGAUUAUAAUGCAUUUAUGUUGCAUUGCAUCAUACCCUGACGGAAAAUGUGAGUUUGGGUGGAGAGGGUUCACUGGGGGAUCUUUUGCGAUAUUGAAGGUUUUACAAAAGUAACUAAGAUCUUUCUGUAACCAAACGUAACCCUAAUUAUGAGUAGAUAACCAACGUAGCAAUUUCACUCUCGAAAUGUUAAUAUAGAAAAUCAGCUAUUUGAUGUUAAGUUGAAUAUUGGUGACAAUUUGAAUAUUGAAAUCGAUAUUCAAAUAGUCGUUUAGAAACUCAGCAAUAUUUUCAAAAUUAACAAUUGUUUCUUAACUUUUAUUGAUCAUCAAUUACAAGUAAACUCUACA